AUGCAAGAGCGGAACCAGGAGCUGACGGCGCAGUACGAGAAGAAGCAGAAGGAGCUGAAGAACCUGUGUCUGGAGGAAGGACAACUGCGGCGAGCACUGGCCAUGAAGCAGGACAAGGAGUCCAAGCAGAGCAUCAGGAGGCAGAAGAAGAAGGAGAUGAAGGAGCAGCACAUCCAGGAGGUCAUGGGACACUGCAACCUGAUCCAGCAGAAGCGAGAAGAAAUGGCCGACAAGAUGCAGGCGAUCAGAAACGAGACCCAGGAUCUGAAGGACAAGAUGCAGAGUCUGAGAGACGCGUGCAAACAGGACACGUCCCGGGCCCAGGCGCUGUUUGACGCGCUGUCCGCUGCGUUGGCGAAUCUGCACCAACAAAUGGACGUCAACAUCCAGGACAUCACCAACGACUUGUCCAGAAAGACGGCCAACUUUUAA